CAUGGGAACAAAACCCAAGUCAACAAUGGCCAUUGUCCACAGACUCGCAACCCAAUUCCCCUUCAAAACUGCGAAAUUCUUGCCGGAAAUACGGAGAAAACGUGGUGGACGCCAUUCAAUUCGGAAUUCACUUCUUGUAACGAUCCGAUUCAACCCUCAUCCCUUACGCCUGCUCUCCUGCGCUUUCCUCUCCAUACAUCGUUGACGCCCAAUUACAAAUAUAAAUAUCCUGUGCUCUGCUCUGCUGGCUACGUUGACAUGGGGUGUUGUGCAUGAUCCACGUGAUGGAAGAAUGAAUGCGAAUGGGGGAAGAGCGCGUGGGUGUGGGUGUGGGUGUGGGACCCAUGCCCAUGCCCAUGCCCAUGCCCGUGUUGGGUAACGCUUAACGCAUCUCCGCACUACUACCAUACCAGUAGGUACCAUUUUAUUCUUUGCCGGAGCAUCUCUGGAGCUGUGGAUCAGAUGUCACGGAGGGAGGCAAAUUGACUUGCUGGUAAAGAGGACCUGUCUUUAUUGUUGAUUAAUUUGUGAAUAGGCCAAAUGGGGGGUUUUGGUAGAGCUCCACAACUCCGUUUUUGGUGGGGAAUAACCUAUUAAUUUAACUGGUGGUAGAAAUUUGUUCUAUUGUAGCUGGCUUGAUUCCCUUUUUGUUUGGCAACCUCUUAUCGACAUUUUCUUUCUCCGACUUUUCUUUUCCGAGGAAAGGAUAUCAAACUUGGGCCAUUUUCAGACGGUUGUAACAGUAGCAAUUUGUCGGAGAUUUGAAGUGCAAAUGGAAUGAUUGUUUUUGAGAUUGUAUUUUUUUUCUCGUGUUUAUGGACGAGUUGAGAACUAAAGUUUGAUGGGUUUAAUGGAUUUGGGUGUUGGUUUUGGAAACUGGUAAGAGCAUUUUUUUCAAGGGUUUUCUUCAGCAUCUGUGUGCUCAACUGGUGCAAGAGUUGACUGGGUUAGUGCCAAAACGAAAGCGACCCUUCUUGCUAGACAUCUGUUCAAGUGUUGGUAGCCGGGGAGGUUUUGUGUGAAAACAAGUUGGGCAUAGAUUGUGCUGUGGGAUAGGAAAUGUCUUCAAAGGAGAGGAAGGUGAGAUUGAAGCUUCCAAUCCCUGCGAGGGAAGAUACUUUUUCAAAACCCUUACCAUUGCCACUGCCAUUACCAUUACCAUUACCAUUGCCAUUGCCUCCACCUGGACCAAAUACGCAGACGUCCUGCAAGUCACCCUGUACUACUCUCCAAGAAGUUGCUCUCGAAGAUCUCCAGAAAAUCUCAACGCUUGGAUGUGGUAGCAGUGGUAAAGUUUACAAAGUUGCACAUGUCAAGACAGGCAAAAUUUAUGCCCUCAAAAUUAUCCAGGAAAAGCAUGAACUUGCAGUCCGAAAGCAGAUAAUGAGAGAAAUGGAGAUUCUUAAAAGAGCCAAUUCUCCACACAUUGUCCAGUGUUAUGGGAUUUUUGAUCGAGGUGGGGAGAUCUCCUUUGUGUUGGAAUAUAUGGAUGGUGGAACCCUUGCCCAGGUUCUUCAAGCUCACAAGAAAAUUCCAGAACCCUUUCUGGCUGAGGUUGCUAGACAGGUAUUGAAGGGCUUGCUUUACUUGCAUCAGAACAAAAUUGUUCAUCGUGAUAUAAAACCGUCCAAUUUGCUAAUCAACAAGAGGAGAGAGGUCAAAAUAGCCGAUUUUGGUGUUAGCACUGUGUUGGCUCACACUUUGGCACCAUGUAAUUCAUUUGUGGGGACCUGUGCGUAUAUGAGUCCUGAAAGGUUUGAUCCUGAUCGCUAUGGAGGAGAGUAUGAUGGUUGCUCAGCUGAUAUAUGGAGUUUGGGAUUAUCUUUGCUGGAAUGUGCAAUUGGAAGAUUUCCUUGUUUAUCUCCUGGGCAGAAGGCUGAUUGGCCUACCCUAAUGGUGGCUAUAUGUUUGGGUGAUCCUCCAUCUCCACCUCCAGAUGCAUCACCAGAGUUUGAAAGCUUUAUCAGAAGUUGUUUGCAGAAAGAUGCUUCGCAUCGUCAUACUGCACACCGCCUUCUCUUCCAUCCCUUUUUGAAGAAAUUUGAAGAGAAGACCUGUGAUCUGUCUCCUAUCUUACGCUCUUUACAUCUAUAGGAUUUUUCUUCCAUGCUAUAAAGAUUGUGCAUUGUAAAAAAAGCAUUUUGCAAUGCCAAUAAGAUUUUCUUGACUGUACUUCAUAUUUUAUUUUGGUUUGGCAAAUAAGCAAAUGGAACAUCAAAUCAUUUUUGUUGUUUCCAAUCUUAAGCCA